AUGGCUCAGAACAAGGGGCAGGGGCAGGAGCAGGAGGAGAGCGAGGAGGCGGAGACCCGCGCCGUGGCCACGUCCCCGGACGGCCGGUUCCUCAAGUUCGACAUCGAGAUCGGCCGCGGCUCCUUCAAGACGGUCUACAAGGGGCUGGACACCGACACCACCGUGGAGGUGGCCUGGUGCGAGCUGCAGACCCGGAAGCUUUCAAAGUCUGAGCGGCAGCGCUUCAGUGAGGAGGUGGAGAUGCUGAAGGGACUGCAGCAUCCCAACAUUGUCCGCUUCUAUGACUCCUGGAAGUCAUGUGUCAAGGGUCAGGUCUGCAUUGUGCUGGUCACUGAGCUCAUGACAUCUGGCACCCUGAAAACCUACCUGAAGCGGUUCAAGGAGAUGAAGCUGAAGGUCCUGCAGCGUUGGAGCCGGCAGAUCCUCAGAGGCCUGCACUUCCUGCACACGCGCUCACCUCCCAUCAUCCACCGUGACCUCAAGUGUGACAACAUCUUCAUCACUGGCCCCACAGGCUCUGUUAAGAUUGGGGACUUGGGCCUGGCCACACUCAAGCGAGCCUCCUUUGCCAAAAGCGUGAUAGGCACUCCAGAGUUCAUGGCCCCGGAGAUGUACGAGGAGAAGUACGAUGAGGCAGUGGAUGUGUAUGCCUUCGGUAUGUGCAUGCUGGAGAUGGCCACCUCAGAGUACCCAUACUCAGAGUGCCAGAACGCCGCCCAGAUCUACCGCAAGGUCACCUCGGGCCUGAAACCCAACAGCUUCUAUAAAGUGAAAGUGCCAGAGCUGAAGGAGAUCAUCGAGGGCUGCAUCCGCAUGAACAAGAAUGAGAGGUACACCAUUCAGGACCUGCUGGAGCACUCCUUCUUCCAGGAGGACACAGGAGUGCAUGUUGAGCUGGCUGAGGAGGAUGAUGGCAUCAAAUCUGGCCUCAAGCUCUGGCUGCGCAUGGACGACACCAAGAAGCUUCAUGGCAAGUACAAGGACAACAAUGCCAUUGAGUUCCUCUUUGAGCUGUACAAGGACGUGGCUGAGGAGGUGGCCCAGGAGAUGGUGACCCUGGGCUUUGUGUGCGAAGCAGACUACAAGCUGGUAGCCAAGGCAGUGCGGGACCGUGUGGUGGCCAUCAAGCGCAAGCGGGAGAAGCUGAAACAGGCACAGGAUGAGCUGCAGCGCAAGGAACGGGAGAAGCAGCAGGGCAUCCUGCAGCUGCUGGAGGAGUUGAAGUCCCCUCUGGCACCGGGGACCCCUGCACCCUCUCCAACCACACCUGGCUCUGGGGACUCCAUGCUCAGCGGUAGCUUCCCCCCGGAGCCUGAGGAACCUGAAGCUGACCAGCACCAGCACUUCCUGUACCGGCAUACCAGCUACUCUUCUGCCACCUCUGACUGUGAGACAGAUGGUUACCUGAGUUCCUCAGGGUUCAUGGACUCCCCCAACCUGUCCCAUCGCAGUUUCUCUGCAGGGGAACCCUUCAGCCCACCUGCUGCUCCACUAGACUGCUGCUUCCCCUCGAGCAUUGCAGUGAGCAUGUCCUCCGAGCGCCUUUCUUCUGCACCAGCCAGCGAGUUCUCCUCCCCUGUGGACAGCUAUGCAUCUGAUGUGGCAUCUGGCCUGAGCGAUGGGUAUGAGGGGCUGUCAGCCAGUGAGCGGAGUACCAAGCUGCCUGCCAAGCGGUCAUCGGGAAAAUUGCUGCGGCGCCGAGCCAGGUCCAGGCUGCGCAUCACAAAUAUCUCCGACAAGAGUGACCGGGUGGUGGAAUGCCAGCUGCAGACUUACAACAACAAGAUGGUAACCUUCAAGUUUGAUCUGGAUGGUGACAACCCUGAGGAGAUUGCUGCUGUCAUGGUCAACAGUGAGUUCAUCCUCAAGUCAGAGCAGGAAGGGUUCAUUCACCGCAUCCGGGACAUCAUCCACCGCGUAGAGACCCUGCUGCGCAAGGAUGGGCACAGCAGCAGCUUGGAGGCGGCUGGGAGCCCCGAGGCUGAGAGUCUGUCACCUGUGGCAGCUGCAGCUACUGCUGCAGCUGCUAGUUGCCCAGCGGAGCUACAGCUGCAGGAACUCUCCCACUCCAUCUCUUCGUCAUCCUCGCUAAGCGAUCUGGGCUACACCAGCCCUAGCCAGUCAAUGCAGUCUUUGAUCCAGCCCUCACUGAGCAGCUCCCCAUCAGAGAAUGACAUCUUCAGCUCUGCAGACCCCUUGCCAGGGACCCAGCCCAAUGUGCUGUGGUCUGCACUGCCAGGAACAUCUGCAGGUUCCCUUAGUGCAGCUGUGCAGAGCUGGCCCUCCUUCCUGACAGCGCCUGGCCUGGUCUCAGGCCAGCUACCCAUCUCCCAGUUCCCACAGACUGUUCCCGGUGCCGAAACUGGGGGCUUCCCACCUGCACUGGCACAGUCUCUCCCAACCCAGCCGUCCACCUUGCUGCCUCCGGGAGGGCUGAGCAUCCCAGAACCCCUGAGCCCGCCUGUGACCAGUGCCACACCAGCCAUGCCCCACUGGUCUCCAGCUGCCCCUUUGCUGUCGCUGGCCAACAUGUUCUCCUUGGCAGUGAUGACUGUGGCCCAGACACUGCUGCCAGCUGUGUCAUCCCCCAGUCCAGGUGGGCAUAUCUGCUCACCACAAGUUUCUGAGCCACAGGCGCUGUACCCAGGAACAACACACUUUGUCUACCCUGACUCGUCAGCCCUGGUGGAGCCAGCUGUGCUCUGCAAUGGGACUGGGAAACUGGAUGAGGCCAGUACUGCUGCCUUGGUUCCACAUCCCCUCUGGGCCCCAGUGCCUGCUCCAAUCUUGCAGGACCCUGGAAACUGUGAAGCCACAGAGAACCCACUAUCAUCACAGAGUGCUGCAGAGAGACUGGACAGCAGCGUGGUGCCACUCAGCUCCCCCAAACCCAGUCACCACCUGAUCGUCUCAGAGUCACCUGCACCCAGCAUGCCCAGGACUCGGCUGUCACCCAUCAAUGAAGAGGCCAGACCCCAGGUUCUGGGUCGCUUCCAGGUGACCCGGUCCCAGGACCCAGCUGACAGCCCCCCAGAUCAACAGAGCCAGAGUGACAGUGAGCAGAGUGGGCAAGAGCCUUGGGAACCUGGGACAGCCACCAGCUCCCCCCAGCCUAUGGUGGCCAGCUCCCCCGAUGGACAGGAGAGCACCAGCUAUGACUCGGACUCUGUCCCUGAGACUGCAGUACAGGACCCAGACGACCUGCUGGCUGAGGAGGGGACACCAGUGGCACCAGCAGAGAGUGACCACGAUGGGCCUGGAGUGGAAGAGCAGGAGGAGGGCAUUGAGAACCCCCAGCAGGCAGUGUUGAGCCAGGUGUGGAUCAGCUACUCGCGCAGCUCCUCCUACCUGAGCAGUGAUGACAGCGAGAGUGAGGAUGAGGAGAUCUGGGAAGAGUUGCAAAAUCUGCGGCAGAAGCAUCUCUCGGAAGUACAGACAUUGCAGUCCAUGCAGAAGAAGGAGAUCGAAGAGUUGUAUCUGAGGAUGGGAAAGCAGCCACCCCCAGGCAUCGUCUCCCCAGCUGCCAUGCUCUCUAGCCGCCAGCGCCGCCUCUCCAAAGGCAGCUUCAACCCAUCCAGGCGCAACAGCCUCCAGCGUGUGGAACUCUUGCAGCCCACAGGGAUCAUGCGCCGGAACUCCCUGAGUGGCAGCAGCACCGGGUCCCAGGAUCAGCGGUCGAACAAAGGGGUGACGUUUGCUGGAGACUUCAGCCGGAUGUAUCAGGGAAACCUUCUGCCUUGCACCAUGGGCUGCCUGAGGCUCUGCCCUAUGCUGAAGACAAUGACUGCUGUUCCAGAGCCAGGGGUGGCUAGCCCUAGGCUACCAUGCAGCUCCCCACCUGUUCCAGCUGAGCUGUGAGAGAUGCUGCUGCCAUAUGAAGUUCUGCCUCUGCCCUGGUAGAAAACAGAACAGACUGAUGAUGUAAAAACCUCCCUGUACAGUGGUUGUGAAUAAAGUAGAGCAAACAAA